UGGAUUAAAAGUGCGUGCUAAGUUCCCAAAUUUGAGAAGCGGAGAAAAGUAAAUGUACCACUGCCACCAGCAUCAGGACAGCAAACCAAGGGACAAAGAAUUUGACCCGCUGUGUUGAUUUUGGUUAAAACUGGUUCACGUGGUGCUUAAGAGACGUUGGCUGGGGGGCGAGAAGUGGACGUCAGCGAAGGCUUUUUGGUUACAAAAUGAGGGCUGCUUUGGAACCAGCAGACAUUGCCAUUGUGGCCCUGUACUUCGUGCUUGUAAUGUGCAUAGGUUUCUUUGCCAUGUGGAAAAGCAAUCGGAGCACCGUGAGUGGCUACUUUUUGGCAGGGCGUUCUAUGACCUGGGUAGCUAUCGGGGCCUCGUUGUUUGUGAGCAAUAUUGGAAGUGAACAUUUCAUUGGGCUCGCAGGAUCUGGAGCGGCGAGUGGAUUCGCCGUAGGCGCGUGGGAGUUCAACGCCUUAAUGCUUUUGCAGCUUUUGGGAUGGGUCUUCGUGCCAGUCUACAUCCGGUCGGGAGUGUACACCAUGCCCGAAUACUUGUCCAAGCGGUUUGGAGGGCAUAGGAUUCAAAUCUAUUUUGCAGCGUUGUCUCUAAUCCUUUAUAUCUUCACCAAACUCUCGGUUGACUUGUAUUCAGGGGCGCUUUUUAUCCAAGAGUCCCUAGGGUGGAACCUGUACCUGUCGGUGAUCCUGCUGAUCGGAAUGACGGCGCUGCUGACGGUGACCGGAGGGCUGGUGGCCGUCAUCUACACGGACACCCUCCAGGCGCUGCUUAUGAUCGUCGGGGCCCUCACACUCAUGAUCAUAAGCCUCAUGGAGGUCGGUGGGUUUGAAGAAGUGAAAAGGAGGUACAUGUUGGCCUCACCAAACAUCACCUCCAUCCUCCUGACCUACAACAUCUCCAACACCAACUCCUGCAACGUCAGUCCAAAGCCCGACUCUCUCAAAAUGCUGCGCGAGCCGACGGACGAGGACAUUCCCUGGCCUGGAUUUCUUCUGGGACAGACCCCGGCCUCGGUGUGGUACUGGUGCGCUGACCAAGUCAUAGUGCAGAGAGUUCUGGCCGCCAAAAACAUCGCUCAUGCCAAAGGCUCCACCCUCAUGGCUGGCUUCCUGAAGCUGCUGCCCAUGUUCAUCAUCGUGGUGCCGGGGAUGAUCUCCCGCAUCCUGUUUGUGGACGACAUCGCCUGCAUCAACCCCGAGCACUGCUUCCAGGUGUGCGGGAGCAGAGCCGGCUGCUCCAACAUUGCCUACCCGCGCCUGGUGAUGAACCUGGUGCCCGUGGGGCUGCGCGGGCUCAUGAUGGCCGUGAUGAUCGCCGCCCUGAUGAGCGACCUGGACUCCAUCUUCAACAGCGCCAGCACCAUCUUCACGCUCGACGUCUACAAACUCCUCCGGAAGAGCGCGACCUCCCGGGAGCUGAUGAUCGUGGGCAGGGUCUUUGUGGCCUUCAUGGUGGUGAUCAGCAUCGCCUGGGUGCCCAUCAUCGUGGAGAUGCAGGGCGGGCAGAUGUACCUGUACAUCCAGGAGGUCGCAGAUUACCUGACCCCGCCGGUGGCCGCCCUGUUCCUCAUGGCCAUCUUCUGGAAGCGCUGCAACGAGCAGGGCGCUUUCUACGGCGGCAUGGCCGGGUUUCUGCUGGGCGCCAUCCGCCUGGUCCUGGCCUUCUUCUACCGCGCUCCCGAGUGCAACCAGCCGGACACCAGGCCCAGCUUCAUCAAGAACAUCCAUUACAUGUACGUGGCCACGGCCCUGUUCUGGAUCACCGGGAUUGUGACGGUCGUGGUGAGCCUGCUCACGCCGCCUCCCACCAAGGAGCAGGUGAGGACCACCACGUUCUGGGCCCUGAGGAAGCGCGGCGCGCCGGAGAGCGCCGGCAAGGGGGAGCUGUACCAGGCGCAGGAGAAGAGCAUCUUCAAGUGCAACGAGAACGCCAACCACAUCAUCCCCAACGGGAAGUCGGAGGAGAACAUUAAAAACGUGAAGCCGGAGGACAUCAACCUCCUGGUGACGUGCAGGGAUGACAGCAACCCGGUGAUCUCGGUGAGCCACUCCGAGGUGGAGACGCCCGUGGAUUGUUAUUCCAACGGACAGGCCGCCCUGAUGGGGGAGAAAAAGCACGAGGAGGAGGAGGGGACCGACGACAGGGCGAGACAUUUGAAAUUCAUAGAUUGGUUCUGUGGCUUUAAAAGUAAAAACAUAAACAAGAGAGUGGUUCGGGAGGUCGAGGAAGAGACUGUUUGUUUACAAAUGCUGGAAGAGACUCCAAAAGUUAAACUAUUACUAAAUACUGGACUGGUCUGUGUCUGUUCAAUUGGAAUCUUCAUGUUUGUCUACUUCUCUUUGUGAGUGAAUAGUGAACUUUUAAGGGUAUGGCUUAAACAUACAGAAGUUGAUACAGGUCUCUGGAGAUUUUUGGUUUUUCUUUUCUUUUCAAGCAACAUAACCACAACCCAGGCAUUGUUUACGCUAUAAUUGUAAGAUCAACUCAGCUUUAGCCUAUUUUGAGACCAUUUGAGAUGUGUUGUCCUCCCUCUGCUGAAAGCAGAACCUGUCCUGUGGUGGCUUUUUCUCUUUCCCCUUUUGUGUUUGUUUUAUUUUUUUUUUCCAUUUGCAGCACUAACCUUUUGUUUUUCUGUGUAUAAAUAUACCAAAGGCAGGCAGGUGGCUGUGUUUGAAGUCAGGCACUUACAGCUCAGUCAGCAUUAAGUGAAGAUAACAGGUAAUCAGUUACCCGUGUGUAAAAUCUGAGUGAUUAAAGCUGUAUCAAAAGAUUUUUAAAUGCGGAGCUGUGAUGCACAUUUAUAAAACAACUGUAUUACCUUGGUGAACUUAGCACUUUUUAAUUGCACUCGCUGCUUUUUUUUCUUCUCUUUUUUUUUUCAGUUUCUCAUUUUUCUUCUGGCAACAACAGGAAUCUGUUUAGUCUCAUUUUAUAGCACUUAAAACAUGAUAGCUCUUAGCAGAUUUGCAGAUUUCUGCCUUUUUUUCUUAUUCUUUUUAAGGAAAUUUUUGUCUUUUGAUUUUUAUCCACUCUAAAUUCCAUUACUGAAAAGUUUCUGUAUUUAAAAAAAAAAAAAAGAGAGAGAAAAAACUAAAACAAAAAUAAGCCUGGAGAUGACAAACUGACAGUGGAGGAGGAGGAAAAAGAAAUAUUCUUUCUGUGGGUUUGUAGUUUAUUGAAAUUGAAGAGCCCCAGAAAUUUAGGGUGGGUUUGGGGUGUCCCUGGGCAGCUCUUCCAGGGCUCUUCCACCUCCAUGGAAAGAAAUUUUUCCUCAGUUUGGGGAAUUGAGUUUCCUCAACUUUUUGGGUGGAGUUCCUUGAAUUUCAGUAAAUGGCCAAAAGGACUCAUUUAGCUUCUCCAGCCUCUGAACCUUUAGGACAUUUUUAUGAUUAGCUUCUUUUUAGAGAAAAAAAAAUCUGUUUGUAGGUUCUACCACAUGGGAAGAAGAGGAACAUGAGGCUUGGCAUGUCUUGGACAGCUGUUUUUCACCCUGCAGAAAGGUUUUCCUCUGCUGUGUCUGGGAGGAAUCCCUGCAGCCCUGAUGCUGCAGGGGGAGAACACCUGGGAAGGCAAGGAAGGGGAAAUGAGAGAGAGAGGUGAAAGUGCUCCUUGUUUUCCAGAGUCCUUUUGCCCCACAUCUUCUCCUACUUCCCCUUUCACCCUGUCAAACAUUUUUUUUUUUUUUUUUUUCGGGCUGUGUGGAAUCCCAGAGCCCCUGAGCUUGGAAAAGCCCUCCUUGGUCACCGAGUUCCAGCUGUGCCCACCUUGUCACCCAGCCCAGAGUGCCACAUUCCUUGGACAACUCCAGGGCUGGGCACUUCUCCACCUCCCUGGGCAGCCCUUUCCAUGAGUGACCUUUGUGUGAAGAAAUUCCCUCCAUCCACCCAUCCAUCCCUCCUCAGAGGGAUUCGGUGUCAGGAGACGGGGAGCGCUUGCAGCCACGAUCUGUGUCGCCAAUUGAGGUCUGUCCUGUCCUCGGAAUUUUUCCAAAAACCUCAAUUCCUCCCUGGCAGUCACAGCUGUUUGUAGGUCUCCAGAUCCAGAGGAUCUUUUCCUGCUGAAGGAUGGGUGCCCGGGCAGGGACGAGCAGUUCCCAGGUGUGCAGGAUACGUGUGCUGCAGGUUGGUGCUCUCAU